AUGGACUCACCUCCAAUGCAUCAUCAACACUCAUUCUACUUGCUACUCAACAACCCUUCUUUCUUUUCUUUUUUUAAUGCACAAACCUCACCAUAUGUUACAUCAUGGAAUGUUGGAGGAGGAUCAUUUAAUGGUUAUUGUCGGACAUCACAAAGAGGUGAUUAUUUAGACUCUUAUAUAUUGAUCAAUUCAGUAACACAACUUGGUAGACCAACAACUACUGGCUUUACAAUGGGUGCCUUUCAAAUGAAUUGGAAUGGUUGGGGAGGUACCAACUAUCAAGUACUCUUUAUCAGAGGGUUUGCACCACCAACCGUUGCAAAUGGUGGAUCUAUCACUCUAUCAACUACAACAAGUAGCGUUGAAACUACACCAUUCACUCUACCAAACUUUUAUUGUACUCCAUUCAAAAACUUACCAUUAAAGAUUAAAAAUAAUAUAGUAAAUUAUGAUGCAAUCUUUAAUCCAAGAUCAACAAGAUCAUUGUUUAAUGUUGAAUUUGAUGGUGUUCCAAUCGAUAAUAUUGGUUGUCAAGCUGUGAAUGGCCAGUUUGAUUGUGCGUGUAGUCCUUAUGACUUGUCGUAUUUGACGGGCAAUGCUGACACUCCACUCAUUGUCAGAUGUUCGUUGGCACCUCGACCAGCUGUAUUUAACGAUUGGAACUCUACCGUUGUGAAAUUGUUUGAUACUGUUCGAACCAAUAUCACAUCGGUCAACGUGACUGUUAGAUUCCCGGGCAUGUUGUCGAGCUCUGUUGAAACGACUACUCUGGUGACUUCGAUUUUAGCUCAGCCUGCCAACAACACCAUGUUGAAUUUCAACUAUGGUUCGUCCUAUGUCGACCUCUAUGUCAAUGUCGCAGCCAAGAAUAGCGAGUUGAUUAUGUACAAGGCAUCGGUGUCUGGUGUCGUACCGACUAUUGGCGCUGACCCCUAUGCAACCUACAAGUCCAUUCUAGGAAGUAAUGACAAUGUACUCAUUCACUUUACAUUCCCAGUAGAUACACCUACAUUAUCACCACUCCCAAUUGCCAGUCCAACCACCAGCACUGUCAUGUUUGUCCUAACUUCCAAAUCUUUUCUACCAAGUUACCACAGCCUCUAUCCCUACCAGAAUAGCUUGGAUCGAUCGUACGACGUCUUUACAGUCAACAGUAGUUUCUGUGUCAUCCAAUGGAACCUAACGUCCCCAACCCCUUACAUUUCAAUCCAACCCAAUGUCAACUUUCAACCGACCGUUCCUACCCUUUAUGCACCGUUCCCAUUUGGUUUGGUAAGAGGUACACCAUCCGGUUCAUUCGCGAAUGCAUCCCCUUACCAAUACAGCUAUGGAUUAGGCUACGUUCAAAACUUUAAUAUCAGAACUAUGCUCCCUCACAAGGAAUUGGUCAACCUAUUCUCAGGCCCCUUCAACUCCGUGGCCACCACACCUACCCCGCUCUAUACAUUGUCUGUUAGAAAGCUCAGUUCCUUCCAAAUGAUCCUACAGUACUCACUCAAACAAGAUGCUGUUGGGUUUAGUGGAGGAUAUAUCCCAUUGUCUUCCACCUAUGGUAUCAGUCUUCCAAUUGGAGACUCUGUAGCCAGUACUGAAGUAUACGAGUACGAAGUCAACAUUACUAGAACCAACUAUGGAAACUAUUGGCAGUUGUAUAUCAUGUCAAUGAAUGGUGUCAACCAAACUCUUUACAAACAGGGUGAUAUACUCGGUGCCACUGCCGACUCUGUCAAUUUUGUUCCACCUCUUCCAGGCUUGCUCAGUUACACUGUUAGUGACAUUGUAGAGUUGUAUUGGUCACCUGCUACAGUCGAUGUUACCAACGGACCUGCCAAAUCAACCAUCUACUAUAAACUAUCGUCCAACUUUAUACUAGACCAAAACGAGCGUCCAGCCGUCCUCAUCUACCAAAUCCAUAAAUCCAAUGCCGAUGAUUUGUCUCAAUACUUUGUCGGACGUUAUGAGGAUGGGUAUCUAAAGGUAGAGGUAGAGAUUAAAGAGAGAUCGUAUCCAGGUUCUGUCGUAUAUUACUUGGCUACUGCCAGUUUUAAUAUCUUUGGAGAGUUGAUUGCAACCAAUCCACUCAUUGGCCAAAAGAAUGCUACACUCACCGUGACUUGUCAAUAUGCAGAUGAGAUGGGUCCAGUCGUUCGUUCGGUACAAGCUUACCAAUCAUCUAUUAGUGCAGGCAAUCAAAAUCAAACUGCCAGUAUGCAAUGGGAUCUUAAAAUUGAAGAUCAACCAACAGGUCUAUACUUGGCCAAGAGUUAUGCCAUUAUUACCACCAAUCUAGAUCCAACUCCAAGACCAGCCAAACUAGAACAGAUCAGUGGUACCGAUUUUAGUGGAAUGUACAGAGUUGAAUAUUCAACUACAUCUGGUCCAUCACUAGAAACAUUUAAAUUGGAUUUAAUAUUGACCGAUUAUUUGGGUAAUGAAGCUUCUUCAUUGGUUGAUGUGUCUGGUAAGGAUAUGGUCAAUGUUGAUCCAUUCCUUUAUAUUGUCAAUACUCCUGCCAACCAAAAUAGAUUCGUCAAUGUCUCAUACCCACAAGUUGUCGACAUUACCCCACCUGACCUUGUCAAAUUUGCUAUACUCAGCGGAUCACAGUUGGACGUAUCCAAUUACGAUCGUACACUUCAAUUCGUUUUCAGUUUAAAGGAUGAUCAGUCUGGUGUAUCUAUUACAAGUAAUCCAACCGUCUAUGUAACUAGUCCAAUGAACGGUAUGUUCAGUUGCGUUGGAGUUAUCGUCACUCAGAGUAAUCCAACCAAUCCUUCCAAUACUGGUGUUGUGACCUACAAUUGCAACAUCACACUCCCAUACGGAUAUGGUGCUAGAUCAACAGGAUACAUCUCCAUCUAUGGAUAUUCAAACAAUAACCGUGUCUUUGGUGGAUACGAUUCCAACACUCUUGGCUCAAUUGGUCAAAAUACAGUUAGCUUUGUCAUGAAUAAUUUAGAUCCUGUUAUCCUGUCUACAAGUGGAUUGUCUGGUAAAUUGGCUGCUGGUGCCAAUCAAUCGGUCACAGUUAGAGGAAGAAAAUUCUGCAAUUUGAAUGACUAUAACAAUACCAUGAUAACGCUUUACGUUAACGAUAACUCAUCUACAUCGAUAGUCCCUACCUUUGUUUCUGCUACUGUAUUGGUUUUCUCUGCAAGCUUUGAUCCAAAGAUUAAUUCCUACUCGUUGACAAUUAUUCGUCCAGAUUCAGAAGGUUCCAACGUAUUUGCAAUCAAUUAUAAUACAGUAUCUCCACCAGUCAGACCCACUCAACCACCCAUCCCAACCAGCAAACCAGUUGCAUGUCCUACCGGUCCAUCUUCGAGCUUGCCAUGUUCAGGAAACGGUAUUUGUGAUGUUUCAACUGGCAAAUGCACAUGUACUGGCAACUUUGCCGGUGAUGAUUGUUCGGCCACUCGAUCAAACAAUACAGACACUAAUGUCGAUCCAAAAGAACCAACCACCACAACCAACACUAGUUCUGUGAUUACAGGUGUUUCAGUCAUUGAAGUACAAGAAAUGAACAUCAAUGAUCAAGUGGUUGCUCGCUAUCCUCUUGGCAAAUGGCAAUUUACCAAUUCAUCUGAUGAAAACUCAUUUGUCUAUGUCUACUCUACCAUCUUUGCCAAUACUAGUGUCGGUAACAGCUCGAUUGUUGUCAGAGUGCAAUAUUUCCUAGAGGAUAGUCAGGUAUCUUUUGGAGGUCAAAAUAUAUCAAUGCCCACUGGCACUGUCAAAUAUACCAUCACACUCUCGCAAUACAACUUUGCAUCGUUACUUGGUCAAUUGCGUGUUAUUAUGCGUGUUGAUGCUGGUCUUGAAACCGAUGAUGCAUGUCUCUCUGUAAACACCAACAAUCAAGAUGAAUCGGCAAUAGGAGACUCUAUUGAUUGGAUCAAACUUCAAGUCAACGACAAGGUACUGUAUGGUAGAUUUGUUAGUGUCGGUUACAUUGAUGGAAGACUACAAACAGUUGGUAAUUCACUUGUAUCGCAAAACACAACAGGUCAAACUGCAAGCACAUUGCUUGGUAUCGAUAUUCCAUACUACCAAUAUUCAUCCAUCGUCGACCCAGACUUUAGUGUUUUGACAUCAAUAGACGACAGAAAUGGUUGUUCAUCAAACGAUGAAUUUUGGACAACUGGUAAAUUAAUCGCCGUCAUUCUCAGUUGUGUAGCUGGUGCUGCUGUACUUUCUUUUAUCGCUUUUAUGGUAAUUAAAAGAAAAUUAAAAUAUAGAUAUAGAAUUAUGAUGGAAGGUAGAAAACAUAAAAGAGCACUUGAUAAAUCUGGUGAAUUAGAUUCUAUUUAA